AUGCCUAUCUCCAACGGUGACUCUCUUGGCCGCGCCAUGCAGGCUGAGAUCCAGGACCACACCAAGGCCCUGGAGGUCCUGAAGACCUACACUACUCAGGAUGGUCUGGACGUUGACACUCUGCUUGACUCGGACAAGCACGGAGCGUUGACCUACAACGACUUCCUCAUCUUGCCCGGAUACAUCGGCUUCCCUGCCUCCGAUGUCACUCUGGACACUCCCGUCACCAAGCGUGUCUCUCUGAAGGUUCCCCUUCUGUCCUCUCCCAUGGAUACCGUUACCGAGCACAACAUGGCCAUCCACAUGGCUCUGCUGGGUGGUCUGGGUGUUAUCCACCACAACUGCGCUCCUGAGGAGCAGGCCGAGAUGGUCCGCAAGGUCAAGAGAUACGAGAACGGUUUCAUCUCCGACCCCGUUGUCCUUUCUCCCAAGGCCACUGUCCGCGAGGCCAAGGAGCUGAAGGCCAAGUGGGGCUUCGGUGGUUUCCCUGUUACUGAGAACGGAACCCUCCGCUCCAAGCUUGUUGGUAUUGUCACUUCCCGUGACAUCCAGUUCCACCGCGACCUUGAUGACUCCGUCACCGCCAUCAUGUCCACUGACCUCAUCACUGCCCCCGCUGGCACCACCCUCGCCGAGGCUAACGAGGUCCUCCGUUCCUCCAAGAAGGGCAAGCUCCCCAUUGUUGACGAGAACGGCCACCUUGUCUCCCUGCUGUCCCGCAGCGAUUUGAUGAAGAACCUCCACUACCCCCUUGCCUCCAAGCUCCCCCAGUCCAAGCAGCUCAUCGCCGCUGCUGCCAUUGGUACCCGUGAGCAGGACAAGACCAGACUCAAGCUCCUCGUUGAUGCUGGUCUCGACAUCGUUAUCCUGGACAGCAGCCAGGGUAACAGCAUGUACCAGAUCGAGAUGAUCAAGUGGAUCAAGCAGAACUUCCCCGAGAUCGACGUUAUCGGUGGUAACGUUGUUACUCGUGAGCAAGCCGCAGCUCUGAUUGCUGCUGGUGUCGAUGGCCUGAGAAUUGGCAUGGGCAGCGGCAGUGCUUGCAUCACCCAGGAGGUCAUGGCUGUUGGUCGUCCCCAGGCCAUUGCUGUCCGCAGCGUCACCGCUUUCGCCGCUCGCUUCGGUGUUCCUUGCAUUGCUGACGGUGGUGUCCAGAACGUUGGUCACAUCGUCAAGGGUCUGGCUAUGGGUGCCUCCACUGUCAUGAUGGGAGGUCUCCUUGCCGGUACCACCGAGUCUCCUGGCGAGUACUUCAUGAGCAAGGAGGGUCAGCUUGUCAAGUCCUACCGUGGUAUGGGCAGUAUCGCCGCCAUGGAGGACAAGAAGGCUGGCGCUGGCUCCAAGGACAGCAAGGCCAGCAACGCUGGUACCGCCCGUUACUUCUCCGAGAAGGACGGUGUCCUGGUUGCUCAGGGUGUUGCUGGUUCCGUUCUUGACCGUGGCUCCGUCACCAAGUUCGUUCCCUACCUCGUUGCGGGUGUCCAGCACUCCCUGCAGGAUAUCGGUGUUCCCAGCCUCAAGGCUCUCCACGAGGGUGUGAACAACGGAACUGUCCGCUUCGAGAUGAGAAGUGCCAGCGCCAUGGCCGAGGGUAACGUCCACGGUCUCCACAGCUACGACAAGAAGCUUUACUCUUAA